UGCUGUGCUCAGCACUAAUGUAACAGGAGUGUGUGAGGAGAGAUGAUGGAGAGGACAAGCUGGAGAUAGAUGGCUGGAGGCUGGGGGUGCUGCUGCUGCUGUCCGUGGUGCUGAGGGCUUGGGGACAAGGAGGCAGAAGUGAUGCCAUAGUGUGGGUUGCCUCUUGAGAUCCUGAUCUGGUGGGGGUAAGAGCGGUUCAAAGACAAUGGAUCAGUGUUCCUGCUAAUCAUGUAACUGGGAGGCCAGUGUUGGAUGACCUCUGGUAAUCAUGGUGCAGACAGUGCAGGUGGCAGUACUGGGGGCACCAGGAGUUGGCAAAACCUCCAUCAUCCGACAGUUUGUGGCACAUGAAUUCCAGGAGGGAUACACACCGACGGAGCAAAGGGAGCUGCACCGGGCCACGGCUGUCCUAAGCGGCAGGAUGUAUGAGCUUCACAUUCUGGAUCUUCCCAACAUGCCCAGAUACCCGGGACCUGCAGGACAGGUCACAGUAAACAAAGCCUUGUGUUGUAUGUUGACUUGGAUCCAUCCUUUUCUACUCUUCCAGGACUGGUUAGACCCGCGAUACCGAGGCCUCAGAAACACUAAGGUCUUCAUUUUGGUCUUUGAUAUCUGCAGCCCUGAGAGCUUCCAUCAUGUCAAACAACUAAAGCAGCAGAUCAUUGAGAGUUCCAGUGUGCCUCCGUUGAUAGUGGUCGUUGGCAACAAAAGAGAUCAGCAGAAGCAGCGUUUUGCCCCACGACAUGUUCUGUCCGUGCUGGUAAAGAAGAAUUGGAAAUGUGGCUAUCUAGAGUGCUCAGCUCGCAACAACUGGCACAUUCUCCUUCUCUUCAAGGAGCUGCUAAUCAGCAUGUCAGCCAGAGGCAGGAGUGCCACGAGCAGUAUCUGCCUGCAGGGGGCGCUACACCGGGAGCGAUGCAGCAUCAUGUAAGGCUGGAAGGUUCCUGAAAAUGCCCCCAUUCAGCCAUACGGCUAAAUGUUACAUGCAUACAUCCACACGAAACAAAAGGGCUUCUCCAUUCCGUCACACACAUAAUUAAAUGACCCCAUUAACCGAGUAAUACAAAGAAGGCAAAGAGUUUCCAAGCAAGAAGAGCUCCGGCAGUCCCAUUGCUAUCAUGCAUAUU